GACUUGUUCUCGAGAGGCGGAGCCCAAUCGGUUCCAUUUGCUGAGGCGCGUUCGUAAUGAAAGGGAGCGCGUGAGCGGGCUAGAGCUUCUUGGUGGAGUGUCUAAAUGUGCUUGACUUCCUCGCAUUAUAUUGUGUGGAGGAGCGCUGCACACGUUGUUAUAGCACACCGACAUCGUACUUAGAAAUACUAAUCUCCUGUUCGGGGAGAAUACAAAAUCAAAUUCAGUAUUCUUUCCCGAAGUCUGUUAUUCACAGCUUGCGAAAAAAAUGUCGGCACCAGCGGCAAAAGUGAGUAAAAAGGAGCUGAACUCAAACCAUGACGGAGCGGACGAGACCUCCGAAAAAGAGCAACAGGAAGCUAUUGAACACAUCGACGAAGUUCAAAACGAAAUUGACAGACUGAAUGAGCAAGCAAGUGAGGAGAUAUUGAAAGUAGAACAGAAAUACAAUAAACUCCGUCAGCCGUUCUUUCAGAAGAGAUCAGAACUGAUUGCUAAAAUCCCCAACUUCUGGGUCACCACAUUCGUCAACCAUCCACAAGUUUCUGCUCUUCUUGGGGAGGAAGAUGAGGAGGCACUUCACUAUCUGACCAGGGUGGAGGUUACAGAGUUUGAAGAUAUCAAAUCGGGCUACAGAAUAGAUUUUUAUUACGAUGAAAAUCCAUACUUUGAAAACAAAGUCCUUUCCAAAGAGUUCCAUCUGAACGAGAGUGGAGACCCAUCCUCAAAGUCGACAGAAAUCAAAUGGAAAUCAGGAAAGGUAUUUCACGUUAGUAUUUUCAAAUGCUUGGUAAUACUGCAGUCAAUUAAUGCAUGGCAUUUGGCAGAAACCAGUGCGUCACUUUCUUUAAAAAGUCUGUUCAACGUAAUGGCAAAACACUACCUGACUGUUGUAUGUACCUUAGUGAUCGGAGCCUUUUGGUUUUCAUGCCAGGUAGUUGUGGUCAGUAUUUCAUUUGUUUUGCUAUGCAAUCAAACUCGUUGCUUUAAAACAAAAACAAUCUGGUUUGUAAUUCCUGUGAUGUUGUCUCUGAAGGACCUGACAAAGCGCUCCAGCCAGACACAGAACAAAGCCGGCAAGAAGAGGCAACAUGAAGAGCCAGAGAGCUUCUUCACCUGGUUCACUGAUCACUCAGAUGCUGGGGCAGAUGAGCUGGGAGAGGUUAUCAAGGAUGACAUCUGGCCAAACCCCCUGCAGUACUACCUGGUUCCUGACAUGGAUGAUGAGGAGGGUGACGGUGAAGAUGAUGAUGACGAUGAGGAAGGCCUUGAGGACAUUGAUGAGGAGGGUGAUGAAGAUGAUGGGGAGGAAGAUGAAGAGGAGGAUGACGGAGAUGAUGGGGAGGAUGAUGGAGAAGAUGACUAAACCGGAAAGUUAAAUAAUCUACCAAUACCCUUUGCUAUUUCCCCCCCAUUUGGUUAUCCACCCAUAUUUAGGAGAAUGAUUUUUUUACUUUUAUUUUGUGCUUCAUUUCCUCAUUCUGAAGCCUCUCCUAUCUGUGCCAUGUUUAAUUUUUGUCUCCUCUAAAACCAAUGUCAAAUUCUUGCCUUUGAAUUGUCAAACCACAAUAAUUCCCACAUUCAUCUAGGGGGGGGGGGGGGGACUACUAGAAUAAGCAUGCCAUCUUGUAGUUAAAUGAAUGGCAAUUUCUAUAAAUUGUUCUUCCUGUUAACGGUUGUGCGAUUUUAAAUUAACAAAAGCCAUGGUGCAUCGACUUGGCACUAGUGGACCCCUCCAGUUUUUAUACUUUUGUUCAGUUGGGAGUAGAUCCCUUAAAAAAAUCCCCCUAUGUGGUUAAGUCAACAGAUAAAGUACUAGCUCAUUCCUAUCAGUUCUUGCAAUGUUUGUGGUCUAUGCUGGGGUAGGGCAGAGAGACAUCUUAGGGUGUUGGGGAGGGUGGGAAUUUUGAGGCCAUUACUAUGUUGUUUUUUUUUCAUUUGUAUUGUUUUACAGACAUCCGUGAGAUUUGAAAUUACAUUUUUAAUAAACAAAACAAAACGUUAAAAAAAAUGCUUGUAAAUUUGGGCCCCCACUGCUUCAUGGAAAAUGACCUUGUUAUCUCAUGGAAUUUGCAUCUAAUCACCAUUUUUUAUUUUCUGCUGGGGGAAAAAAAAUGUUUUAAACUUAGUGUACAAGUUUCUUUGUUACAAUAAAACUUAAUGUGUACACGGAUGUUUCAUCUAA